AUGGGUGUUGCUGACUUGAUCAAGAAAUUUGAAAAUAUUUCAGGUGAUACAGGGGGUAGCCCUGUGCCACGUACAGGUUCUGGUGGUAGUCUUCGUGAUGUUACCAUUGAAACUUCAUCCCAAACUGAAGAAAAGCAAUCUCCUGUCAAAGAGGAAUCUGUUUCAGCUGAACAAGCAGAACCCGUUGGAGAGGAAGAAGAGCCUGUUGUGGAGGAACCAAAUGUGGAGGAUGAACAUGUCACUGAAGAAAAAAUCGAAAUUGAAGAAACUCUGGUUGAAGAAACUGUAAUUGAAGAAACUGUAGUUGCAGAAGAGCCUGUUGUCGAAGAACCGGCUGGCCACGAGGAAACUACAAAUGAAGAUUCAAAUACUAUCGAACUUGUAGAAACAAAGAGUGCAUCAGAAGCUUUACCUGUAGAGGAAGAAAGUGCUGAACCUGUCGAAGCUGAAGAUGAAGCUGACACUGGGAAUCAAAAUGAAAAUGAUAUUGAAGAAGAAGAGGAAGAAGAACCAGAACCUGAGGCUGAGGGUGGUGAAGAUUCUGCUACUAAAAAGAAAAAAAAGAAGAAGAAAAAUAAGAAGAAGAAGAAGAAGGCCACUUCACCAUCAGAAGAGGCCAACAAUUAA